AUGUCUACCGCCGCCAUUGAACGAGAAAACAAGCAUUCCGCACACAACUACCACCCUCUGCCCGUGGUGUUCACCAAGGCCCUAGGAGCCAAGGUGUGGGAUCCGGAAGGAAAGGAGUACCUGGACUUCCUGUCUGCCUACUCUGCCGUCAACCAGGGCCAUUGCCAUCCCAAGAUCGUCAAGGCUCUGUGUGACCAGGCCCAGAAGCUGACCCUGUCUUCUCGAGCCUUCCACGCUGAGAUCUUUGGAGAGUUCGCUGAGUACAUCACCAACUACUUUGGUUUCGACAAGGUACUCCCCAUGAACACCGGAGCCGAGGCCGUCGAGACCGGAAUCAAGAUUGCCCGAAAGUGGGGCUACCUCAAGAAGGGCAUCCCAGCUGGAGAGGCUCUGGUGCUCGCUGCCACUGAGAACUUCCACGGACGAACCCUCGCCAUUGUCUCCAUGUCUACCGAUAACGAGGCCACCGACAACUACGGCCCUUACCUUGAGGGUGUCGGUCCCUUCAUCCCCGACUCCAACGGUAAGAUUGACCCCAAGACCGCCAAGCCUCUGCGAUACAACAACAUUGGCGAUGUGGAGGAGGCCUUCAACAACGCCGGAUCCAAGAUCGCCGCCUUCCUCGUCGAGCCUAUCCAGGGAGAGGCCGGAAUCAUUGUCCCCGAUAAGGAGUACCUGCAGCAGGUCCGAAAGCUGUGUGACAAGCAUAACGUGCUGCUUAUCUGUGACGAGAUCCAAACCGGUAUCGCCCGAACCGGAAAGCUGCUCUGUUUCGAGCACUCCGAGAUCCGACCCGACAUGGUUCUGCUUGGAAAGGCCAUCUCCGGUGGUGUCACUCCCGUCUCUGCUGUUCUGGCCGACAACGCUGUCAUGGACGUGAUCACCCCCGGUACCCACGGAUCCACCUACGGAGGUAACCCUCUGGCAUGUGCUGUGGCCAUGGCUGCCCUGGACGUUGUAAAGGACGAGCAGCUCGUCGAGCGAGCAGACCGACUUGGAAACGAGUUCCGAGCUGCCCUCGAGCCCCUCAUCAAGGAGUCCAACGGUAUUGUCACUACUGUCCGAGGUAAGGGUCUGUUGAACGCCAUUGUCAUCGACUCGUCCAAGGCCAACGGCCGAUCUGCCUGGGACCUCUGUGUGCUCAUGUCCAACAAGGGUCUGCUGGCCAAGCCCACUCAUGAGAACAUCAUCCGAUUGGCUCCCCCUCUGGUCAUCACUGAUGAGGACAUGAAGAAGGGUCUUGAGAUCAUCCGAGAGUCUGUUCUCGAGCUUCCUAACGCUCCCCAUGCUGCUCACUAA